AUGGCUGACCCUGCAAUUGAAGAAGUGAUGAUCAAAUGUGAGGUGAUAGAAAUAUCUGAUGAAGAAGCAAAAGAACCAGAACCAAAAAAGAGGAAAUGGAAACGGCCAGUGAUACAAAAGGACCCCCUCCCAUGCGACCAAUGUGGGAAAAACUUUCAAACCGGCUACGAGCUUAAAAAGCACCAGCGCACUCACAGUGGCGAGAGACCCUACAUGUGCACCACAUGUGGCAAAACUUACACUCAGCUCGGACACCUCAGUAUCCACAUAUUAUCACAUCAAGGUAUCAGGAACUACAUCUGCGGUGAUUGUGAUGCAGCAUUCUACCGGAAGGCGGACUUGGACCGUCACGAAAAGAUACACAAGGGUAUCAAGCCCCACCAGUGCGAGAUAUGCUCAAAGAGUUUCACCCAAAAGAACAAUCUAAUUAUGCACUUCAAAAUGCAUAUUGGGGACAAACCUCAUCAGUGCACUGUCUGCAGUAAACGUUUCCUUACAAGGAGCAAGAUGAUGCAACAUUCAAAAAGACAUGAUAAGGAGAAAAAAGUGAAAGUGGACUUAGUGGAGGGUGUUGUUGAUUAA